AAAAUUUGCUUAAAACGACCUAUCGUAUACCAUUCAACAAUACAAUCCAUUUCGAGGGACCACACGCUCCACGCACUACUCUUUUUAGUUUUUAGUCUGUGUCUCGUAUUUUUAUCCCUCCUUCGGUGUCUUAAGCUUUAUUCUUGUUGCUUCAUUUUUUCAGCUUUCAAUGAAGAAGAGAGGUGCCCCAUUCCAAUCUUUCAAAUGACACACAACCCUUCCUAUCUCACCAUUGUCUUUAUCAUCACUGCUAUUACCUCUCUGCUCUACACUGCUACUGUGGUAGACGGCCUUGGCUCUGCCUCCACCAUCGCUGUCACCUAUAGCACUGCUACUGUCUGCGGUAUCAUUGCCGGUGAGCCCAUCCAAAGAAUCCAAUGCUACCAAAAUGGCCAUGUGAUCUCUAUCCAGCCCAGUGUUUCCUUUGAAUCUAUAUCUGGAGGACAGACCUUCUUCUGUGGCCUCCGCUCUGGAGGCUUCAGUGUUUUCUGCUGGGAGACCGUAGCUACAAAAAACUCAAGCUUUCAACCCAAGCGCAUCUACCACAGUAACAACAUUCAGCUAACUGAUCUAACCGUUGGAGAUGAUCAGGUUUGCGCAAGAGAGGUCAACUCUGGCAUAGCUAAGUGUUGGAGAGGCAAAGGCAGAGGUAGAUCUCCUUUUCCAUCGCCUGCGGUGGCUCUAAAGUUUAGUACACUCACAUCUGGGAGUGGCUUUACGUGUGGAAUUUUGAGGAACAACAGUAGAGUUUAUUGUUGGGGUAAUAAUGAUGUUGGAGCUGCGAUUCAAAGACAGUUUGGGAAUUUAAAGAUGUUAAACUUGGUUGCUGGAGAGUCUCAUGCUUGUGGAUUGAAUGCCAGUGGGUUUCUGGUGUGUAAAGGAAGCAACGGGUCAGGGCAAUUGGAUGUUCCUUUUAGUUCGGCUUUUGCGUUUUCAGGUCUUGCUCUAGGAUCAGAUUUUAGCUGUGCUAUUAAGCAAAGCAACGGAUUAGGAGCAUGCUGGGGUGGGACAAAUAAACUCCAACUUAAUAGCAAAAUAUUGGAAAGCGUUCCCUUUGAGUUGAUUGUUGCUGGUUUGGAUUUCACAUGUGGGCUUACAACGGGGAAUUUAUCGAUUAUUUGUUGGGGUCUGGGAUGGUCUAAUGUGCUUCAUCAUGGAAAUGAGCUUCCACUGGGAAUUAUGAUUCCAGGUUCUUGUGUUCAGUCUUCUUGUGGCACAUGCGGUGUGUAUCCAGACUCUGAGGUUUUGUGUGAUGGGUCUGGGAAUAUCUGUAAAUCAUGCCAGAUUGAUCUUCCAAUUGCCGUGCCCUUGCCUCCGAGAAUAACACCACCAUCUCAGCAAGUACAACCACUUUCUCCAUCAAGGGCCAAAAAUAAGCUUUCUUUGGCUUUUGCGAUUGUCGGAUCUGUUGGUGCCUUUGCAGGCAUCUGCACUAUUAUUUAUUGUUUACGCAGAUUUUCACAUCAUAAUUCUGUGCAGCCCUCAAUUAUCAAUCCCAACCUGAAAGUGAAUGCUGCUGCUAUGACUAACAAUGGUUCUACUACCCCAUCUUUAAGAUCAUAUUCUGUUAGGCAUCAAAGCUCGAGAAGAUUGGGGCGCCAGAGAAGUGGAUCAUCUUCUAAGCGUACAGACAAGACUCAGAAAUUUUUCCUAUCAGAGCUUGUUGCUGCUACAAACAAUUUCUCAUCGGAAAACAAGAUUGGUGCUGGGAGCUUUGGCAUCGUUUACAAAGGCAAACUUGCCAAUGGUUUUGAAGUGGCUAUUAAGAGAGGGGAAACUGGUACGAAGACAAAGAAAUUCCAAGAGAAAGAAAGUGCGUUUGAUUCAGAACUAGCAUUGUUAUCUCGGCUUCACCAUAAGCAUUUAGUGGAACUAGUUGGUUUCUGUGAAGAAAAGGAUGAGAGGCUGUUGGUUUAUGAGUACAUGAGCAAUGGAUCUCUUCAUAGUCAUUUACAUAACAACAACAAUGUUGAAAAGAGUAGCAGCAUUUUGAAUUCCUGGAAAAUGAGGAUCAAAAUUGCAUUGGACGCUGCCACGGGAAUCAACUAUCUCCACAACUAUGCGGUGCCACCCAUAAUUCACAGAGAUAUCAAGUCCUCAAACAUACUUCUAGAUGCAAAUUGGAGUGCUAGAGUAUCCGAUUUUGGGUUAUCAUUAAUGGGGCCAGAAUCUGAUCAAGAAUUCAUGUCAACCAAGGCAGUUGGAACAGUAGGAUAUAUUGAUCCUGAGUAUUAUGUAUUAAAUGUGCUAACAGCCAAAAGUGAUGUUUAUGGUCUAGGUGUUGUGUUAUUAGAGCUUUUGACUGGAAAGAGAGCAGUGUUCAAGACUGAAGAAGAAGGUGCAGGGCCAAUGGGACUUGUGGAGUAUGUAUCACCACUGAUAUUAUCAGGGGAAAUGCAAAAGGUGUUGGAUAAAAGGGUGGGGCCACCAGAGAUGCAUGAGGCCGAAGCCGUGGAGUUGAUGGCCUACACAGCAAUGCAUUGUGUAAGCUUGGAAGGAAAGAAGAGGCCUGAUAUUGUUGAUAUUGUUGCUAAUUUGGAGAGAGCGUUGGGUCUUUAUGAGGAGAUCCCUGCUAGCUUCUCCACUAUCUCAUUCUCCAUUCCAUCAUCAGACUGAAAUUUCCACGCUAAGGAAAAAAAAAAAAAAAAAAAAUUCGGCUCCUUGGUCUCUAAGGUUGGCUAAUACAUGAAUUUGUGCAUGGGGUGAUUGCUGAUCCAUUUACUUGGUUCGGGUAUUUUUUUGGCUCAUUCGCUAUCCUCGGGCUAGGGAAGUCGGAACACUAACAGGCCGACAACUGCGAUUGGACUGGACUUGGCACAACUCAAUCAAAAUGGCACAAGCCACUUUGGCUUGGUUGCCUUGGAUUUUAUAUGACCUUCAAUUUUUCUUUGCAAGAUGUGGGAAUUCCCCACAUUCAACUUGUUUUUUUUCCACAGUAUACCGGUAAAUUUAAGGCAUAAUAAAAAUUUCCAUUUUUCUUUAGCA